AUGUCUGCGACAAGGGAUUUGCACGCCCAUCUGCUGAAACGCCACGCGACGGGCCACGCUCACGAUAGGGACCGCAAACGCAAAAGAAGCUCGUCAGUCGCAAAACAGAGUCGAGUGUCACAGGCUUGCAAAGCCUGUGCCUCGUCGAAGCUAAAAUGCGACGAAGCCAAACCGUGCAAACGGUGUCGCGAACGGAAUCUGAGUUGUGACUGGCAAGAUGUCGCUCAGGAUUCGUCUCCUGAACCGGCCCAGCAAAAUGAUGAUCAGGAUACGAGAAUGUCAACCAUGCCUACAGAUUUAACCGCUACCGUGGCUUUCUCACCUAUGCCAACCCCGCUGGAAGAUUUCCCCGCCACCAAUAACAUUCUCAUGACACCCCAGGGACCGGCGCCCGACUCAAUUAUUGAUAACGGGGUCCUCGACCCAGCACUCGAUCCUGUCCUUUCACCGGGUGUCCCGGUAAAUAUACCGACCCAAAUUGAAUAUGGUGUCUCACCCACGGACCAAGAAAGCGGCAUCUUCAGCGUGGACGGCACAUUCUUCCCCAAUUUCUUCCCCGACUCAUUCAUCUCUUCGCUCGGUCGGUAUAACGACCCAUUUGAUCCAUCCAGCUUGAUCCCAGAGUUCACUCCCUAUGGGGCAAUAGAAAAUCCGGCCAUGGAUUUCAGUUUGACCGAUGGUGACUUUGGCCUGAUCGACAUGUACAAUGCCGGAAGUGUGAUGCCCAGGUACGAAACCGAGCAACAGGACCGCUUCGAUGUCGACAGUGGAAUUGGCAUUGGCUCAGCAGCAUAUCACCGAUCUUCAUUAUCAGCAUGGAAACCGCUCCAAGAAGAUCGCGCGUUCAUCGAUCACGAAAAUCUAUCUGUCCCCCAAGCUAUCGAUAGCCCCGAAGUCAAUUCUGCCGACCGGCAAAUGCUAUGCGAGCGACUUUCCUCGAGCAGUCGUGACCAAAUUUUCGGCCUUGUGCUCGAAAUUAGCCGCGAGGCCAACUUGAAUCGAAUUAUGAAGUCCUUUCCCAGCACCGAAUUAUUGGAUGGCUUGAUUCAGCAGUUCUUUGAACACCAAGGCCACAGCGUGGUCUCUUUUAUCCACACACCCACCUUUCGCCCAAGCAGUGAGGAUGCGAGUAUUCUUGCGGCGCUGGCUGCUGCGGGGGCAGUGCGCUCGCCAAUACCUACGAUCCGAAAACUUGGAUAUGCUUUGUUGGAGAUUGUGCGAAUGUAUAUGCCUACGAAGUAUGAGAAAGACAACCUCGCCACACGAGACCUACGAACAUCGCAAACCUAUGCCUUGAAUAUAGAUAUCGGACUUUGGAGUGGGAAUCGGCGCAAGACUGAAAUUGCGGAAAGUUUCUCUCAACCAUUGAUCACCAUGCUACGUCGAGGUUUAAGGUUUCGUCGAUCGUUAUACACAACCAUUAUCCCUCUGGCAGAGGAUUCGGAUGAUGUGUUGGAGCGAAAAUGGCGCGAAUGGAUUGAGCAAGAAUCUUUCAAGAGACUUGUCUACCAUAUUUUCCUCCACGAUGCGCACACUGCUGUCACCCUUAAUGUCAAUCCUCUGAUAUCUUAUGCCGAUUUGGAACUUCCCUUGCCAGCAGCACGCUCAUUAUGGGAAGCACCGACGGCCAGCGAUUGGAGACAGCUGUAUCCUACCCAUGGUCCGGAACGCAUACCAUCAUUGGCAGAACUUUUACGUGACAUGUCACUCCUAUCGACGUUUCAGGAUCGCAUCGACACCCAAUUUUCCGCUUUGGUUCUCCUUCACGGCCUCUCCGCCCUGAUCAACGAGUAUCACCGUCUAAAAUUCAUAUCAACCAGCAACUCCAAGCAUUGGCAUGCCCUCGUAACCAAUUCCCGCCAACAAGAACUCGACCAAGCCCUCCAACAUUUCCGGAUGGUAUGCUCUGAGCUACGUGUGCAAAUUAGGCCUGAGAUCGUCUUGGUUUGCGAGGUCGUCUCGAUGCUGCUUCACAUGUCACUGGAAGAGCUCCAACUAUUCGCCGGUAAAGAAGACAAGCAGGAGGCACGUCGCGUAUAUCAGUCAGCCCUUGAAUGGAUCAACAGUGCCGAUUCCCGACGAGCCAUAUGGCACGCUGGACAAACCAUCCGUGCUUCUCGUCGAAUGCCACCGGGCUCGUUGACAGGGUUCUUUGCCAUUGGAGUGUUCUACGCCAGCUUGGCAUUCUGGUCUUAUGGCGUGGUCUCCAGAGCCAAAAAUACUCGAAUGCUGGGGAGCCCGAUGUCUCAGCUUCCCACUCAAGGGCCAACAGUCUUUCUAGAUGGGGAGGAAGUGGCGGAUGUAUCCAAAUUUGUCACGAUGAACGGCGGUGUUCCGGCUUUACAAGGUCCAGGUGGAUCGACUGUCUUUCUGUCGGACUCGGGUUCUAUCAUGCGAGUAGGGCAGAGGGCACUUCGAGCAGAUAUCUCAGAGAGUACACCACCGCUGGUGCAGAGCUUGGCUCAGCUGAUGGGUGACUUGGGGCACUGUGUGCCCGGGUCGUCUUAG